UGUCCGCCAGAGGCUUAACGUCUGGAGACGUCACAGCUUAUUACUUAUAAAACAAUGGCUGCUACUUUCAAUCAAUAUGACAGAUCUAGUUGGUACUUUGGUCCAAUGUCCCGUCAAGAAGCCUCGGAUUUACUGAUGGGUGAAAAAGAAGGUGGUGUAUUUUUAGUACGUGACAGCACAUCGAUACAUGGGGAUUAUGUUCUAUGUGUACGAGAAGACAGCAAAGUUAGCCAUUAUAUUAUAAAUAAAAUUCAGCAGGGUGAUCAAGAACGUUAUCGGAUUGGAGAUCAAAUAUUUCCUGAUAUUCCCAACCUUUUGGCUUUUUACAAAUUACAUUAUUUGGAUACAACACCAUUAAUCAGGCCUGCACCUAAAAGAACACAAAAGGUGAUAGCAAAAUAUGAUUUUGAAGGCAAUGAUCCAGACGACUUACCAUUUAGAAAAGGGGAAAUUCUCACAAUUGUAACAAAAGAUGAAGAGCAAUGGUGGACUGCCAGAAACAGUCUUGGACAAACUGGAUCAGUUCCAGUUCCAUAUGUUCAAAAAUAUGAAGAAGACAAUCAUUCUGUGAUGGAAAAUAAUUCGCGUCCAGAUAGUGGAGGAAGUUCGACUCUGAAUUCAAAUUCUGUUCAAGUUUCUGCUUCUCAACCAUCAUAUCCAGAAAGUGGACAAGGAACUACCCGCAGGUCAAAUAUUCAACGAACAUUACCUGCUUUUGCAAAAGUGAAACAAGCAAGAGUACCAAAUGCAUAUGAUAAAACUGCUCUAAAACUAGAAGUUGGAGAUGUGAUAAAAGUAACGAAAACUAAUAUAAAUGGCCAGUGGGAAGGUGAACUACAUGGGAAGGUUGGUCAUUUUCCAUUUACGCAUGUUGAAUUUGUGGAUAAUGAAGUUGAAGAAGACAAUCAGGAGAUUUAACGGAGGUCUUCCAAGUGCGAUGAGUAAUGAAGUUGACUUGGCAAUUUAAGUUUAUAUUAGCAGUUAUCCUAUGUACUGGUACAUAGAAGCAGCUUAUUUAAAAUUUCUGUAUGAAAUUAUUUGUUUUCAACAGUAAUCUAUAGUUGAUUUUAAUGAUUUGUAUUUGUUUUAAUACGAUUUUAAAUAUAUUAAAUUCAUGUUAACUUCGAAUACAUGAUCAUGUUAGAUAAUCGUAUAUAUUUAUGGUUUAAAAAACAUACCAUUUUUUAACAAUUUUGUACCGGUACAUAUCAUGCUGUCUAGCCAUAGGUUGUGCCACAAAUGGAGCAACAUUUUCUACUAGAAUAUUCUAUUUAAUGAUGAAGCUGUUAACCAUAUUAUGAUUGUAAUUAUACAUGAAUUACAUUAACUAUAUAUUAUUAGGUAAUUACAUAAGUUGCAAUUGCUGAGUAACUUUUUUAAGAAAACAGAAACUGUGAAUUUAUGUUUCUAAGUGCAUCGUAUUAUAACGUCAUGAUUGUAAGUUGCGCGGAUUACUUGUUAAUAUGUAAUUAUACAGAUCAUAAGAGCAUUUAGUUAUGUAAAAAGUGGUAGCAACUUUAAAGUUCCGCUUUAUACUAUGUAUACAUUAGUUUUAUUGUAAUGGCAGUCAUACGUGAAUCACUGUAAAUUAUAUAUUAAUAUAUAACUAUAUAAGUGAACUGUAUAUCGUGAUUUUUGUAAGAACAAUAACUUCAAAAAUUACUUUAAAGUUCUGUUUAACGUAGUGAUUCGUAUAAAUCCAGUUAUGUAUGUAUAA